UUAAUGUCACAGCAGUCCAUGUAAAAAGAUUAGCAUUAGAAUGAAUCGUCUGAAGCAAAAAAGGUCGGCAUAUUUUUGUCCCAGGUUACAGUCCACACAACUAUAGCUGGGAAGGAUUGUUGUGUGCAUGUGUUUAGUAGAUCGACAUAUUUUGUCCCAGGUUGCAAUCCACACAACUAUAGCUGUGAAGGAUUAUUGUGAGCAGGUGUUUAGUAAUAUUUUAUUAGAAUUCAAGAAAUUAUCGCUUAAAGCAGCUUCAAAGAUGGACAGAACCUAUUUGGAUUAAAUAAAUAAUACAUUUCACAACGAUAACCAACGGGUAUAAUAGCAUUUUCUUCAUUGAUUUUGAAAUGGUAAUAUUCCAAUAUAUAUUUCCAUUGAUAUGUUUCCAGACCGAUUCACUGACAGAUUAUUUAUUGAUUAGCUAUACGAAGGAAAUACAGACUAGAAAAUAUGCAAAAUACUGCAGUGCAAAAUUACUCGAUUCUAACCCAAGCACCAGGUAUAAUUUCAAGGAACUUGAAUGAUGACGUCUAAUGUGAAAAGACAAAUUCCAGAGCUGCUCGCAUCUUUAGGAAACACUGGAGUUUCAUCUCAUAAUUUGCCACUGUCCCAUUCAAUAUGUUGUAAGCUGUGCCUUAGUAUAUUCAAUCAUCCAAAAGUUUUGCCUUGUCUUCAUAGUUUUUGCCUCGGUUGUUUACAGGCUUAUAUUCACAAAUCACCCGAAAAUGUUCAAGAGCGAAAGCUUCUUUGUCCAAUAUGUCAGGAAUGUAACAAAUUACCAGGAACAGGAGUAAAAGGUCUGCUCGAUAACACAGUUAUAGAACAGUCUAUCAUCAGUAAUGUGCCGACAUUAUCACUACGUAAGAAACAAGAACCACUCUUUCCAGGCUUGUAUUCCGAUUCAGAAGAUAGCUAUGAAGUCUUAGUGAAGAAGGCAAAUCCAAAGGCAAACAAUGAAGAUGACGUUUAUGAUGAAUAUUCAGAUACUGGAAAUAUACAAUGGCAGAAUUUUAUUCAGCGUCAGAAAUCGGCCGAAUUUGAAACAACUGAUUGUGAAAUUAAGAAACCUAUUAAUAUAUCGGAAGCAUUAAAGGGUCUUUCUGAUGAAGAGAGAUUAGAAAGACUAACCGAUAGUUUGAAGAAUACAUUCAGUUUCUCACAAGCUUUACAGGAGCACGAAUUUAUUUUAGAAAACGAAGUCCGAGCACUAAGAACACCAUCGUCUUCCUCCGAAUAUUCUUUUACACAGCGAGACUUUUUACAAGACCAACUGUCAUGUUUACAAACAGAGGCUAUGAAUAUCAUCUAUCGUUUGGAUGGUAUAAGUGCUUCAGGUGAUACGUGGGAGAGAAGCAGAGUAAGAAUCGAACAACAAAUUCAUACUCAAAUAGAGCAACUGAUCGCCACGAUACGCCAGGCAGAAAGGAAAUUAUUAAAUCAGAUUGAUUCUUACGGUGAACAACACGCCUCAAUUAAUCCUGUUUCUGAAGGCAAGCAACAAUUGCAAUCGCUUUUGAAAAAUAUACUUGGUGUGAUAGACUUCAUUCGAUUGGUUUUAAAUUACGGCUGUGGUAGGGGAACAGAACAAUAUGAAAAGCUCGUUGCUGAUCGGUGUGAACAAAUUUUAAGCAAAACAGUUGCUGUAGAGAAAACAGAAUUGUCUUUUGCACCUGGGCAAAUACUUGAAGAGGAGUUGGAUAAACUUUUAGGUUUUUUGACAUUUACCACUACUCAGGAUGAAAUAUGGAAGUUUAGAGAUAAUGAAACAAAUGAUGAUAGUAUUGCGACUGCUGAUUCUGCAAUUGGCGACUUGAAGCAUGAAAAUGAUAGGCACCAAGAAAGAAUUUUACCUCCGAGUUUUUCUCGCGAAUUUCUUCAGAAUGAAAAUUUACUAACAGAAAAUGGUCAAUCGUUCACUCCAGAUUCACUGGCUGAUGAUCAAGAACACCAGCGACUUACAGUUGAUCAACUUAUUCAUAAAUUUUCUACAGAAUUUGGAAUGCGGUAUAGCGAAAUCUUGCCAGAUGAUAAUAGUUCUACUCCAAUGACAAACAGCAUGACAUCCGAAAACCCUAUGCAUUCUCCAAUACCAGAGGAAUCAAAUGGUAACGGCAUCGAAUCAGAAAUCCAGUCAAUAAAAACACGAUACCGUCCAAGAAGUUCAAAACGACGUCAUUCUGUAAGUGAUGUUCAACAAGAUUUGGCACACUCUAGAAUAGAUUUGUCUGAUAACCGCUACAGAGGCUUAGUUAGAGACAGAAAAUCAUCAAUUCCAUAUUGUGAUAUUAUGACGAAAACUUUAAAUGAAAGACCACUAUCAAACGACCUCGAGCAAACGAAGCGUAUUCUUGCUCUGUGCAAACGACAGCUUCUAGAAGCCAAAAGCAUGGGAAUAUACAAAAAUAGAGCUGGAACAUCUCCACAAUCCUCUGUGACUUCACCAGAAAGCAAAAUGACUCGAUCGAUGUCUGUGUCACAAGAAAACACACCUCCUUUAUCUUCCUCGGAACAUAAACUUCCGCGUUCAAGAUCUGUAUCACAUGAUCGUUCACCAUUGUCUUCCCCUGAACAUACUAGAAUUGCACGUUCUUUGUCACGUGACUAUGUUCAGCGUAUACGAAAACGACUUGGGAUGGAAAAACCAACUAUGCAUUCAGACGGUUCGGAACAUGAUUCAUGAUGCUGAAAUCGUAAUAUUACACUAAGGAGAACUUUUAGAUAAGUCUAAAAUGUUAUUGUGAAAUUAUACCAUCUCGGUCAUAUUCAUUCUAACAUUUUGUGCUCCGCUCAAAUAUAUUCUAACUUGCUGUGUUAGUUGAGAAAAUCCGAUUAUAAUGGGAUACAGUAUAAUAAUGUCAGUCUUGUGAUAUUGCUUGCUGACAGAGCUACUUAUUAAUUAUAUAAGAACUCAUCAACGAUACCUAGCUUAUAAACAUGCUGCUAAGUUUAUAAUAUUCUAAGCACAAUUGUUCCUAAGUACAUAGCUUUCAGGGUAUCUUUAUCUAAUAAAUAAGACAUAAUUUUCUA